AUGCUCAACGAUGGAGAAGAGACUCCGUCUAGGCACGAGAUUUUGAGUAUGGUGAAAAAGCACUCAAAGUCGUUAGGGAAAGUGUCUCUCGAUGAGCAAGACGCGUCAGAUGUAGAAAUGGACGCGAAUUUCUGGCAUGGUGUGUUUGAUGUGUACUUCAUUCGUGGGAUGGAGUCAAGGAGGAGGCAAGACGAUGAUCUUUUAUUCUUUGUUAGGAAAUUGAGCUGUAAAUCUUAUGGUUUGACUGAAAAUGAAGACGCACCAGCUCCUUACUUCGUGCGCAGGUGGGCACCUAAGUUGGAUGAGCUGCUUGGUGAAAGUCUGGGUGACGUUGAUUGGAGGAAGUCAUUUUAUUUGAACAUGGUUGCACACACAUCGUUCACUGUUACGGUGGCAAUUUGCAGUAAUGAGGCGCUUAAGACGUACCAAGGAAGUAAAGACACAACAUUAUCUCCUAUAUACAAGGUUGUAAAAACUGUAUAUGCAUCACCUAGUCGCGUAAAUUUUCAUCUGGACUCAAAGAAGGAAGUGGAGACAACACCUGCCUACCCAGAAAUUUGUUUUGCCGUAGAUGAUUUUGACUCAACCUUUGAUGCUGUGGUUCUGACAGAUAAAGAUCAUUGCUACUGCGUACUUCUUAAUUCUCAUGAUGGGGCAGCCUUUCCAAGCGAAACUGGAAAAACUGAUAAAGAUUCGAAUACAAAUACUGAUUCCAGAAGUGUGAAAGAUCCUAAGGUUACUCUGUUUUCUGGAUUUGUCAGCUAUCAAAUGGUUCGAGAAGCCUAUGAAGGGGGGAGGAAUCGGUUUGGAAGUCUUCUAUCACUGGGCCAUCACACAGGAAAAGCAGACCGACUUUACAUGAAAGGUCCUGGAGGACGUGGCGAAGUUGAAGUCGCUGUCUCUGGCGUUAUAGAUCAGAGCCAAGUAGUUUUAGGAACUGUUUCACCAAUGUCUUCGAAGAAGAGCACCGAUCUCGGAUCCAUUUUCCGUAAAGCAGCAUCUGUUGCAUCUGUCGCAGCUAAACAUGCGAUCGCAGCUGCUACGGCCUCGUACGACGAAGACGAGAUGUUCCCUCUCAAGUGCUGUUUAAUGUCCAUCUCGUUGCCGUGGGACACUAUUGCUCAUGAUCUCUUGUUCAAGGCAUCUCCACCAGUAAACAUGGAUUAG